AUGACUCCCGUCAUGGCCGUUCCUGAUGUCACUCCUCAAACUACGACCGUUGCGUCGGCAACCAACAUCAACCAUCAUAUAUACUCGACUCAUAAAACUCUCACAGCCCCGCCCUUCCUUCCCGACAAACCACCACCAACUGGAAUCACAUUAUGUGGAUUUGAAGGUCCAGAAAAACUUCUUGAGAUCUGGUUUUCAGCUCCAUCUCGCUCCGAAUCUCCGGACUCUGGCUUAGGAUCAGGACCACCAUCUCCACGCCAAUCUGUCUCAACCAUCUAUGAAGAAAAUUGGUAUAUUGAGACUGGUCUACGUGUAGUCCCCAAACACGUAUGGGAUGAUAUGCUUGCUAUUGUCAAAGCUCAGGUAUUGAGCUCAGUCCACAAUGAAUAUGCUGAUGCAUACUUGUUGAGUGAAUCAUCCAUGUUUAUCUAUCCUCGUAAACUCAUCCUCAAAACUUGUGGUACUACUACCUUGUUGCAUGCCGUACCUCGUAUAUUGGAUAUUGCACGUGAAUAUUGUGGAUUCCAUCAUGUCGACCAUAUAUUCUACUCGCGUAAAGCCUUCUUGUUCCCAGACAAACAAGUAUGGCCUCAUGGUAAAUGGGGCGAUGAAGUGGUCUAUCUAGACUAUCUCUUCCCCUCAUCUCAAUACAAUACUGCUGGAUACGUAGUAGGUAAAGUCAAUGGAGACCAUUGGUGUUGCUAUCUAGCUUCACCAAUUACUCAGAGUGAUUGCGAUGAGAACCCAGAACCCAUUCCUCCCUCUUGGUCGGAUUCUGACUCGGAAAAGGAUUCGGAAGAAAAAGUAGAUUCCUUCCAAGAUGAUCUCACCUUAGAAAUCAUGAUGACGGGUAUUGAUAAAGAUGCAGCCAAGGUCUUUUGGCGUAAUAAUAAUGAAGUUGAAGAUGACAAGUCUGGUAAUGCUGAGCAACGUGUCUAUAAUGAAACAGGCUUGGCUGAUAUCUACCCUACUUCCAAAGUCGACCAUCAUGUAUUUGAUCCAUGCGGCUACUCACUCAACGGUCUUAUGGGCCCAUACUACUGGACUGUACACGUAACCCCCGAGGAGCAUUGCUCAUAUGCUUCCUUUGAAACGUCAGCUCCAGUACGCCGCUUCUAUCCAGAUGCUGCUUCUGCUCAUACAAGUGAAGGUCACGAUGUUUAUAAUACCUUUGAAGAUGUCAUUAGUCGUGUUGUAACGAGCUUCCAACCAGCACAAUUCUGUGUCUCGUUGUUUACUCGCAAGUCAAUUAGUAUGCAGCAUAAACGAAACGUCUUGCAAGGUCGUAUUCCAGGAUUUGAUCGUCGUGAUUGUAUCCGUCAUGAAAGUGGUAAAUGGCAGGUCCAAUAUGCCAAAUAUGAGGCACGAAAGGAUGAGAAGAUCCUUUAA